AUCUACUACAUAAGACACUUGUUCUUGUUACAAUCAGUCAUUAGCCAAAUUGGCUAGCUUUCAAUUUUGCCAGAAGCUCUUGCUUAAUUUUGCUCAUUAUCUUGAAAAUGUCAAAUUACGAAAACCAAUACUCUGGUGCUACACCUGUAGUUGAUGAAUAUGGCAAUCCAAUUCGCUCAGACGAACAUGGGCACCGAACUCACACUAGUGAAUAUGGCAACCCAACCCACCAAACUAACACCGGAUAUGGAACUGGUGGGUUGGACACCACCACUCACCAGGGUAUGCGUACCAAUGCAACCACGCCUGCUUAUGGCGGUGAUUAUCGUAAUGAUCAGCAACAAAACCAAGGGCUUUCUGGCAUGCUUCACCGUUCUGGAAGUAGCUCCUCUAGCUCUUCUGAGGAUGAUGGAAUGGGCGGGAGAAGGAAGAAGAAGGGGUUGACAGAGAAAAUAAAGGAGAAGAUACCAGGCAUUGGGCACAAGGAUGAUGAUUCGUCCCAGCAAAGUCAUGCAACUUCAGCUACAACCCCAGGUUACCAUGAGGGCCAACAGCAUGAGGAGAAGAAGGGAAUAAUGGAUAAGAUCAAGGAAAAGCUUCCUGGACACCACUAAGAGUUAUCGCAUACUCGCAUUUAUAUAUUUUUGCUUAUUAAAAGCUCUUGCUUUUGCUCUUUCCCUUUGAAAAUGUCGCAAUACCAAAACCAAUACGCCGGUGGUACACCUCAAGUUGAUGAAUAUGGCAACCCAAUUCGCGUAGAUGAACAUGGGCCCCAUACUCACACUGAUCAAUAUGGCAACCCAACCCACCACACUGACACCAAGUACGGAACUGGUGGGUCUGACUCCACCACUCUCCAAGGUAUGCGCCCUGAUGCAACCGUACCUACUCAUGGCGGUGAUUAUCGCCAUGAUCAGCAGGGGUUGACACAGAAAAUAGAAGAGAAGAUACCAGGUGUUGGGCGCAAGCACGAUGAUCCGUACCAGCAAGGUUACUACGAGGGCCAACAACAACAGGAGAACAUAGCUGGUGCUGGGCGCAAGCAUGAUGAUGCAUACCAGCAAGGUCACACAACUUCAGGUUACAACGAUGGCCAACGUCGUCAGGAGAACAAGGGGUUGACACAGAAAAUAAAAGAGAACAUACCAGGUGCUGGGCGCAAGCAUGAUGAUCCGUACCAGCAAGAUCACACAGCCCCAGGUUACAACGAGGGCCAACGUCGUCAGGAGAACAAGGGGUUGACAGAGAAAAUAAAAGAGAACGUACCAGGUGUAGGUGUUGGGCGCAAGCAGGAUGAUCCGUACCAGCAAGGUCACACAGCCCCAGGUUACAAUGAGGGCCAACGUCGUCAGGAGAACAAGGGGUUGACAGAGAAAAUAAAAGAGAACGUACCAGGUGUUGGUGUUGGGCGCAAGCAGGAUGAUCCGUACCAGCAAGGUCACACAGCCCCAGGUUACAACGAGGGCCAACGUCGUCAGGAGAACAAGGGGAUGACAGAGAAAAUAAAAGAGAACGUACCAGGUGUUGGGCGCAAGCAUGAUGAUUCGUACCAGCAAGGUCACACAGCCCCAGGUUACAACGAGGGCCAACAACAUCAACAUCAGGAGAACAAGGGGUUGACAGAGAAAAUAAAAGAGAACGUACCAGGUGUUGGGCGCAAGCAUGAUGAUCCGUACCAGCAAGGUCACACAGCCCCAGGUUACAACGAGGGCCAACAACAUCAACAUCAGGAGAACAAGGGGUUGACAGAGAAAAUAAAAGAGAACGUACCAGGAGUUGGGCGCAAGCAUGAUGAUCCGUACCAGCAGCAGCAGCAGCAAGGUCACACAACUUCAACUGUAAACCCGUACCAGCAAGGUCACACAACUACAGCCACAGUUUACAACGAGGGCCAACAUCAUCAGGCGAAAAAGGGGUUGACAGAGAAAAUAAAAGAGAACAUACCAUGUGUUGGGAACAAGCAGGAUGAUCCGUACCAGCAAGGUCACACAACUUCAACUACAGCCCCAGGUAGUGAUCCGUACAAGCAAGGUCACACAACUUCAACUACAGCCCCAGGUCACUACGAGGGCCAACAACGUCAGGAGAAGAAGGGAGUGAUGGAGAAGAUCAAGGAGAAGCUUCCUGGACAACACUAGGUGGUGUUGGUGUUGAUGACGCAUACUCGCAUCAUUUAUAUAUGUUUCUAACUACUAUAUGUAAAUCACGCUUGUUUGUAGCCUAAGCGAGUCCAUAUGGUACCGUUUUUGUUACAAACAAGUGAUAUGAUAUGUUUUUAUUUUUCUGGUUUAAUAAGUGAUGCAUACAAUCUGGUAUGAUGAAUAUUGUGUUGUAUGAUUCCGUUUGUUUGGGUCAAAUAUUGUGUUUUGCGGUGUACUUAUUACUUUUAAUAAAGUGGUGUGCUUUUGUUA